AUGGACGGAAUUCUAAUGCGUAGGAGGAUACUUGGCUCACUUGUGGUCAUCUUUCUUCUUUCAUCUCCUACAGAUUCAUUCAUUCUUGUGGAUUUUCGAUUGACACUUCGGAAUGAUGAGCUUACUACUUCUCCUUUGCCGUCUUUGAAUGACUCCGUUCGUGAUAGAGUUUUAUGGGUGGAUAAUAACAACUCUGGUAUGGAUUUCACGGUUAGUACUGCUUGGUCUUCUCUGGAAGGGAACCAUCUGGUUGUACCUUGGUGUCUUCCUACCCAAGACCGUAUGCUUUGGAAAGAUGAACCUCCAGACUUGGAAUGCUCACUCUGUAGCACUUGCAUGGAUAGCCAUUCCCAUCUAUUCUUCCAGUCUUCUUUUUCAAGAGAGGUUUCGGAUAGCAUCUUACAUGUUGUGGAUUGGAUGAAUAUGCCAGACUCGUGGGACCAAAUCAUGGAAGUUAUUUCAGACACGAGGCGAUCGCCAAAACGUUUAAUGCAGAAGCUAGCUUUUGUGGCUUCAAUUUACUACAUUUGGCAAGAGCGAAAUAGAAGACUCUUUAUUGAGAAUCGUCGCACAGCUGUGCAACUUAUAAAGGAAAUAUGGAGCAAAAUUUCCAUUCGUGUGGCUUGGAAGGAGAGUCGAGUUGAGUGGAGUGGUGUUUUAAAUGAAGGGUGA